UGAAUGAAAUCUUAAAAUCAAUCAUUUAUUCGAUGUUAAAUGAUUUUUCGAAUUUAAAAUUCUGAAAAAGUGUCAAUUAUAUCGAAAUGAAUUCGAUUUAAAAUAUAGUACCAGAUGCAUUGAUAUAUUCAGUUCUAAGUUGAUCUGUUGAAUGUAUCAAUUAUAACAAUUCAUCAAUACUAUGGUAAAUCAGAGCUGAUGUAAACUUGAAUGAAAAUACUAUAAGCAUCAUAACAUCAUGUCUUUCCUGAGAGAUAACCCUGAAGAUGACAGAGAAGACUGCGAAGAUGUCAAUGUGAUCAACGCUAGGCAAAGUAUUCACAACAUAAAGAACAGAUUGCACCUGACCAUUGGUAUGGAAUUCGAUGAAAUAGAAGAUGACCGGCAAUGGGUACUUUCACAUCUAAAAAAAAUGUUUAAAUCAGAGGUUCUACAAAGACUUUUCGAAAUGUACAUACAGAGGCUACACCAAGCAUUCUUCGCCCUCUUGAUGUUGGUUCAAGUGGCUAUUUUCGGAUCUCAUUUUAUAGUGAUCGUGUUCACUUCAAAGGAUCCAUCUUCAAAUGUUUUAGAGCUAUCAAUAUAUGGAUUAAUGAUUUGUUUUUCCGUGAAAAUGUUCUUUGUCACCGACGGUUCUGGUUAUGUUACAUUAAGAAAAAGGACGUUGAAGAUAAUAACCAUCAUACUAUUUGUUCUACUGAACGCAGUGAAUUUAGUGGUGCCUCUCUAUUAUUUUGUUAGUGAUUUAAACGUUCAACUAAGGCCAGCUUACACGACGCAUAUUGUGAUUAGUUGUUACGUAUUCUUUUUCAUUUCGGAUCUUGCAUUUACUGUGGUUCUUGGAUUACUGACCACGAUCAUUCACAUUUUGAUUCUGGUCUUCAUUACCUAUUAUGGUCUAUCAUCACCAACAUUGAUAUCAAGGAUUUCAUCAGAUGUAAUCUACUUGUUCUGCAUAAAUGGACUUGGUAUUUACUAUCGUUAUUUGAACGAAAUAAUCAAAAGAAAAAGUUUUCUAGACAGAAGAGCUCUAGUGAUUUUCAACAAACACUUAGAGUUCCAGAAAGAACAAGAAGAACUCCUCAUGGCGACUCUGAUCCCCAGUUAUGUUAUAGAAAAAGUAAGAAACAACAUUUAUCUCUAUUGGGACCGCUUAGAAAAUCUGAAGUUGAACGUCACUCCCUUCGAGUAUAAAACAUCUUUCACCCAAAUUUUCGAGAAUGUAACGAUUCUAUUCGCCGAUGUGGUCAACUAUACCGAAUUGACAGUUAAAUUGAACCCAACCGAGCUGCUUGAAACCUUGAACGACUUGUUUGGAAGCUUUGAUGACGUAUCCGACAAGCUUGGAGUUCUUAGAAUAAAAUUUUUAGGGGACUGCUAUUAUUGCGUAGCAGGAUUACCUCCAAAGCCUACGAAGAAUCAUGCCGAGGCGUGUGUCGAUUUGGGACUGGAAAUGAUUAGGAUCAUAAAAGAAGUUAGAGCUAAAAGGAGGAUAAAUAUCAAUAUGCGAAUAGGGAUACACACUGGUAAAAUAAUUAGUGGGAUAAUUGGAUACCAGAAAAUUCACUUUGAUAUCUGGUCUAAGGAUGUUAGUCUGGCAAACCAAAUGGAAACUGAAGGAGAAGCUGGUAAAAUACAUCUAACGCAACAGACAAAGGAUUUGUUGAAGAAGCGUUACAACAUCGAACCCACGAACAAAGGGGAUUCAGUUCCGAAAUUCAAAAAUUUAGGUAUAAAGACGUACCUCAUAUCCCCAGAAGAUCAGAAAAGUUCUCUUGAGAACAAGAUAGAUAACAUAUACAUCAAAAAAAGGAAUAGCAAUAUAACGAACAAGAGAAUAAGUACCUCUAAAACAUCUAAUAAAAUAGGAAUGAAUUCGAAUAGCGAGAGUGCAGAAGAAACUACAACAAAAGUUAAGAGUGUUCAGUACUACAGCAUAAUCGAAGAAAAUUAUUUGGAAGAAGAAAAAGGAAGCGAUGCAGAAAUAGAUUCUUCCCCGAGAAGAACAGCAGAAACAGAUUCAUCACCGAGAAGAACAGCAGAAAGCACGAUAAAUAGAAACAGCGACAAAAGUGAAUCUAGAGAUUCUCAAAGAAGAGCAGCUUUCAUGAAUGGUAAUAUCAAAAGGUACCAAGAGGUAAUGAGAGAAACUUACGACGAAAUGAGCAAUGCCAUUGAAAACCUCUGUUUAACAAAAUAUCAACAAUGGUUCAAAUUCAAAGAAAUAAAUCCACUGACUCUCCUCUUCACCAGAAUAGAUCAUGAGUUAGGAUUCAUCAAAAUGCAGGACCCACUUUACAAAUACUAUCUAUUGAGCGAAGUUAUUCUUGUCAUUUUCCUGUUCAUCAUUCAAAACUUGACUCUUUCAGUGUGGAAUUGGGAGUCCUGGUGGAUUUAUGCAACCCUCGCCGUGCUUUUGUUUAUUUUCCUGCCCAUUACUUGGAUGCAUCAUAUUCUCAAGAGGAGCUCGGUGUAUUUUUUGAGAACAUGCGCAACUCUUUCCAAACAAUUGGCGGAUUCAGUUUGGACUAGACUAUUCAUUUAUAGUGUCGUUUCUUGCUUAUUUACCCUUUGUGUUUUUUCUGAACUUAUAGAUUGCCAGAACCGAUAUUCAGCUCAUGAAACUAAUGGUAGGAGUCUAAAAGUAAAUACGAAGUUGAAAAGUUUUCUUCAUCUUUUGUCUGAAAAUGAUGACGAUUAUGGGAUAUGUAUAGUACCAUGGCAUAUGACACAAACGUGUGCUUUAGCAGUUAUAAUGAGUUUUCUAUUUCUUCGAAUGUUCAUGUGGAUCAAGUUUGCAUACGCACUGAUGAUUGCGUCUUUGUAUUCGAUUUGCGUUUGGUGCUACUCUGAUGAUAUCAUUAAAUCAGAUGGUGAAACUUAUAACUACAAUGUAUCACCCAAAGUUUCUCAUAUCAUCGGUCUGAUUGUAUUAACAUUCACCCUCCACAUCAUCGACAGACAGACGGAAUAUAUGAAUAGAUUGGAUUUUCUAUGGAACGAGAAAUUGAGAGAGGAGCAAUCGAAGACACAGUCCCGCUACAUCAUCAAUAAGAUGUUGCUCAACAACGUUUUGCCGGAGCAUUUAGCUACGAUGUAUUUGAAUAUUGAGAAGCCCCCAGCUGCACUUUAUUACGAGGAAUAUGCCAACGCAGCUGUUAUGUUUGCUUCGGUUAUCGGUUAUCAGAUUGAAGAUAUUGGAGAUGAUAUUCUACUGACGAUUAUGACGGAGAUCAUCGGGGAUUUUGAUAAACUAAUAUUGAAAAAUGGUUUCGGACAUCCCAUCGAGAAGAUUAAAGUCGCAAAAUGGACUUACAUGGCAGCGUGCGGAAUUUCUCCUGGCUACGGUGAUGUAGAUAGGACUGACCCAUCGAUUCAAGUAGAGGCUCUGAUAAAAUUCGCCUCUGCGAUGAUCAGCCAACUGAACAAACUCAAUCGACAACAUUUUCAGGAUAUGAAACUGAGAGUGGGAAUUUCUAAUGGAGCUAUAGUAGCUGGUGUUGUAGGUUCCAGGAAACCGUUAUAUGAUAUUUGGGGAGAUCCAGUAAAUAUGGCGUCUAGGAUGGAUACUACUGGAGAACCAAAUAAAAUCCAAGUGUUAGAACGUACAGCGAAUAUAAUAAAAAGCAGGGGUUAUAAAUGCACCUUGAGAGGAAACAUUCAAGUGAAAGGAUUGAAAGGUCCAGUACCUACAUAUUUUGUGGAUUUGGAUGAAAAUUUCGAUUUGAUUAGAAAUGAAGUGAAUGACAGAAAUAUGAAUUCAAAUCUUUCCAUUGGUUUAUCACUAUGAUCUGUUGUUCCAUUUCCCAUCUUCAUUGAUGAAAGAAAAUUACUUCCAAUUUCAAUAAAUUUAAGAAACUUGCAUAAAAUAAUAUAAAUCUUUCAGAUUCUCACUUAAUAAGAGAUCGUACUUCAAAAAUAGUUGUAUUAUAAUGAUGGAAAAAUUGUGAUUAUAUAUUUAUAUCUAUUUAUUAAACUUGAUAAUAAAUGUUAUAAUAAGAAUUUUUGGCA